AUGGAGGUGCCUGGAGCAACCCUCUCCAAACUCCUACAACAGGUCAACGCCGACCCUCUACUUCCACGGAAAACCCCUACAGAAGCAUUCUGGCAGCUUCCAGCACACGAGACGCUCUCAGCGGUCCAGUCUCCUGAGCUGCCACAGCAAGUCGAAUACGCCAUCAUUGGCUCAGGUGUGACAGGCUGUAGCAUUGCCCAGAACCUUCUCGAGCACGCCUCCUGUCCCAAGGACUCUCGCGUGUCCGUCUUCGAAGCCAGGACGCUUUGCAGCGGUGCAACGGGCCGCAAUGGAGGGGCAUUGACCUCCUUCGUCCCCUAUGCAUUCACGAAACUCACCAAGCAAUUCGGUGAAGAGCAAGCCGUGAAGAUUGGCAGGUUUGCUUACCGCACACUUGACAAGAUGCACGAACUGGGCAAAAGUUCGCCGGAAUUCCUGGACGCCAGCGAAGUAAGACGCGUCCGCGACAUUGUUGGCUUCGUCGACCAGAAGUCAUUCGAAGAAGCCAAGAUCUCGUUCAAGAAAUACGACGAGAUGGUCCCAGAAUGCACCCUGAACAGCGAGAUUCUCGAUGCCGAAGAAGCCCGCGAACGAUACAACGUCAAAAACGUCAGCGGCGCCGUUCUCUUCGACUGCGGCGCCUUCUGGCCCUACCGCCUCAUUACUCGCAUCUGGGCACAACUCCUUAUGUCCCACCCCAACCAGCUCACGAUCGAAACAACCACACCAGUCACAUCCAUCACCCACGACGGCUCCACCUCCGCAUACCCCUACACCCUCUCAACCCCCCGCGGCUCCGUCAAAGCCGCGCACGUCAUUCACGCCACCAACGGCUACACAGGCCACCUCCUCCCCUCGCUGCGCGGCAAACUCCACCCCCUCCGCGGCACCAUGUCCACGCAAGUCGCCACGCCGGCCUUCGGCUCCCACGGCACCGCCCGCGCCUGGUCCAUCUCCUCCGCCGGCCAACUCAGCGACGACGGCGUCUUCGAGACCGGCCUGUACUAUUCCAACCAGAACCCCAAGACCACCGACAUCUUCAUCGGCGGCGAGAAGGUGCGCAUGGACGAGAUGUUUGUGGCGGACGACACUGUUGUGCGAGACGAGGCGAGGGAGAAUAUCGAGACGGUGCUGCCGCGGUAUUUUGAGAAUGGGUGGGCGGAGGGCCAGAGGCCGGAAGUGCGCAAGGUGUGGAGUGGCAUUAUGGGGUUUACGAGUGAUGGGUUGCCGUUGGUGGGGCGGCUGGCGAGGGAGGUCAGUGGGAGGGACGGCCAGGGCGAGUGGGUCGCGGCGGGUUUCAACGGCUAUGGGAUGCCGCAGUGCUGGAGUGCGGGCGAGGCGGUGGCGAAGAUGAUGUUGGGGGAUGAAGACGAGGUGAGGACUUGGUUGCCGGAGUGUUAUCUGAUCACGGAGGAAAGGCUGGCGCGCAUGUCUGGAGAGGCGAGCUUGAAGCAUUUGAUGGGAUAG